UGUAGCCCGGGGCUCUCCGCCGCUGCCCGGACCUCCCCCUGUGCGUCCCGGGCCGCCGCCCGCCCCCGCCGCGGCCCCUAGCCUGUCGCCCGCCCAGCGCAGCCACAGAUCAUCUUCGAUUCUUCCCCAGGAGCUUCAAGUAGGGAUAUGUCCUCAGCACCAACUACUCCUCCAUCAGUGGAUAAAGUAGACGGAUUUUCUCGGAAGUCCGUCAGAAAAGCCAGACAGAAGAGGUCGCAAAGCUCCUCACAGUUUAGAUCUCAAGGCAAGCCCAUUGAGCUCACACCUCUGCCGCUGCUGAAAGACGUUCCAACCUCAGAGCAGCCUGAACUGUUCCUAAAGAAACUUCAGCAGUGCUGUGUCAUUUUUGACUUCAUGGACACGCUAUCUGAUCUUAAAAUGAAAGAGUACAAGCGCUCCACUCUUAAUGAACUGGUGGACUACAUUACAAUAAGCAGAGGCUGUCUGACAGAGCAGACUUACCCUGAAGUAGUUAGAAUGGUAUCUUGCAAUAUAUUCAGAACUCUCCCUCCUAGUGACAGCAAUGAAUUCGACCCAGAAGAAGAUGAACCUACCCUCGAGGCAUCGUGGCCCCACUUACAGCUUGUAUAUGAAUUUUUCAUACGAUUUUUGGAAAGUCAAGAAUUCCAACCCAGCAUUGCCAAAAAAUACAUAGAUCAGAAAUUUGUAUUACAGCUUCUGGAGCUAUUUGACAGUGAAGACCCCCGAGAACGGGACUAUUUAAAAACAGUUUUGCACAGGAUUUACGGCAAGUUUCUCGGGCUUAGAGCAUUUAUCCGAAAACAAAUUAACAAUAUUUUUCUAAGGUUUGUUUAUGAAACAGAACACUUCAAUGGUGUAGCUGAACUGCUGGAAAUAUUAGGAAGUAUUAUCAAUGGCUUCGCUUUACCACUGAAGGCAGAGCACAAACAGUUCCUGGUCAAAGUGUUGAUCCCUCUGCACACCGUCAGGAGCCUGUCACUCUUCCAUGCCCAGCUGGCGUAUUGUAUAGUACAGUUUCUGGAGAAAGAUCCUUCACUCACAGAACCAGUUAUUAGGGGGUUAAUGAAAUUUUGGCCUAAAACAUGCAGUCAAAAAGAGGUCAUGUUCCUUGGGGAGCUGGAAGAAAUCUUGGAUGUGAUUGAACCGUCACAAUUUGUUAAAAUCCAAGAACCUUUGUUUAAACAAAUUGCCAAGUGUGUUUCUAGCCCCCAUUUUCAGGUGGCAGAAAGGGCACUCUAUUAUUGGAAUAAUGAAUACAUCAUGAGUUUGAUAGAAGAAAACUCGAACGUCAUCCUUCCCAUCAUGUUCUCCAGUCUUUAUAGGAUUUCCAAAGAGCACUGGAAUCCGGCUAUUGUGGCACUGGUGUACAACGUGUUGAAGGCCUUUAUGGAAAUGAACAGCACUAUGUUUGACGAGCUGACAGCCACAUACAAGUCAGAUCGUCAGCGUGAGAAAAAGAAAGAAAAGGAGCGUGAAGAAUUGUGGAAAAAAUUGGAGGAUCUGGAGUUAAAGAGAGGUCUUAGGCGUGACGGGAUAAUUCCAACUUAACAACAAUCUGACCACGACAUCACUAACCCAUGGGGUCACACGCUUAUGUAGUAGAAGGAUGGAGCAACAGUUUUCUGUAUUGUGCAACUUUACAGUAGAUUUCACAUUUGUCUCAUUAUUACAACAGCACUGUAUAUACCUGUCUCUAAGUAAAGGAAAACAUAAGGACUUCAAUCCAAAGUUUGGACAGUAGAUGGACUUCUCAGAACUUUGCAAACAUAAUCAUUGUUCUAACCCUCUUUAAAACAAAACAAAACAAAACAAAAGGUCUUCAGAGAUCUGUUGGUGAAAUUGCUAUGUUAAAAUUCCAUUAUCAGGAGUUCCUUAUUUAUCACUAGCAGAGAGUAUGAUACAAUUUUCAAAUGUGAACAAUCUUAAAUUUAGCUUGUCUUUCUGCUAAGCUGUUAAAUGUAUUUAUAGUAAAGGAAGAAAAGAUUGUCAUUUCUUUAUAAGUUUGUACAACACCCUCCUCUGGACAACUUGACUGUAAUUUGACAUCCUUUCCUUUUGCACAUCUUCAUGAGUCGAAUGUUCACGUGGAAUGGGGCAGUGAAUUACAGAGGUCCCUGGUGAAAUUUAUCUGCUGGGUGAACAUCUGCCCAGUGCCCAGGUGUUCCUGGUACUCCUUUAGUUUUCAGGUUAGGAGUGAAAAAAGAAGAGGUGAUAAGCAUAAAAAAGAAGAGGUGAUAAGCAUAGUAGCGAAGGGAAUGUUGGGCUUCGUAUCAGAUAUGGGGAGUCCAGAUCAGUGUCUUGAAUCCUUUGAAAACAGGCAGCGGGACGCGCAGGCUUCAGCCCUGCAGCAUUUGCUGCAGACAUCAUUGUGCAUCCAGACCAGAGACAAUUUAGAAAUGUCACAGAAACAUCCUUUCCGACCCUGUGAAGUAAGAAAGACAGAACACUAAGUGAUAGAACCAUGAAGCUGAGCACCAGGACUGCGCAUCCAGUUGGGAACCAGUUGAGCAAACAGCACGGACUGUUUGGAGUUGUUGCCUUACUUUCUAAUACGUACUUACAAAGUAUUUCAGCAAAAGAGGAUGCAGCCUCUGGGAGAAACAAAACAGGUUCCAUAGCUCAUCACAGCGCCAGCCCUGUUUUUAGCCAGAAAGGAUUCAGGAUCAACAUUAUGCAUUCUGAUAUGGAUGCAUAUUCCUAACUACUGUAUUUGUUACCAAAAGUGGUUCUACAAAUGCUACUGAAAAAAAUCUGGAAAUUCCUAAUGUCCUGAGUAUUAAUAAUAAAGUUUAAAAAAUGCUUUUAUAUCAAAGGUGCAUUGUGACCAAAUUGUUUAAGAAAAAACAAAACACAAAACUAGGGCUAUACUGUAGAUGUAUCUUACUGGCUCCCUGCUCUGUAUUAAAGGAAGAAUCUUACUUGGGUAGGCAAAUUGCUGAUGUACUGGUGUGCAGUACGUAUUGGCCUGAUGUGGUUGCAUUGCUGUGUACUGACAAAUUCAUGUUGUGGGGUUUGUUUCCUGGGAAGCCUUUGCUUGUUAAAGACAGGGCAGCAGUGAGCCGAUAACCCCGGACCAUCGCGUCCAGCAGUGUUCAUGGAGUAGAGCCCAUUCUGUGUUCAUGUGUUGAGUUGUGAUCAUAGCUAAUAUGAACACAUGAACUGUUGUUGCUCUUAGUAGAAAUACUGUAUAAAUAUGGGCUUGUAUAUUUUCUUCCUUCCUUUUAAAUGUAAAGUAGAAUAUACAGCUUUAUUGUUUGCAAGAAAAAGGAGAGGAAAAGCCAUUGACCUUACUCACUUAUGAAGUGUUUCCAGAUUGUCAGUCACAGUGUGUAUAUAAAAGUAAGCUAAUUAUGGGUAUUUUCAUCUAGGUACCUUUGUUUUUUGUUUUUUAAAUGCCUUUGUUGAUCCCCAAAAAGGAACAUAGUGGGUUUUUUUGUUUGUUUGUUUGUUUGUUUUUUGGUUUUUCAAGACAGGGUUUCUCUGUGUAGCUUUGCGCCUUUCCUGGAACUCACUUGGUAGUCCAGACUGGCCUCGAACUCACAGAGAUCUGCCUGGCUCUGCCUCCCGAGUGCUGGGAUUAAAGGCAUGCGCCACCACCGCCCAGCUUUUUUUUUUUUUUUUUUAAGGUGUGUGACCUCCGAGUACAAGAUGGUUCAGUGGAAUGAAUAGGGCUUUUAUUAGGGAGGAUUCCAUGUGGAAAAGUGCUGGGCAGAGGUGCAAGUUCACACAUUGAUACUAAGAAAGAAACCCGUAGCACAUCUCUUUAGCUCUCUCUAUUUUAGCCUUUACCUUUCGAUUUUCAUCACACAUAUCUUUGAUAGUAUAAACUUUGCUUGCCGUGACCUGUGCCCCUUGGGAUGAAAUAUGCUCAUUUGAGAUGAGAGAGGUAAGGACCUCUCUGUCUGCACCACGUCCUUGUCCUCUGAGCCAAGGGCGAACGGCACCCCCCUUCCGUCUGUUGAUCAUUCCCAACUGAGAAGAAUAAAGCUAAGCUUUAGACUAUUGGAAGAUGUGAUUAGAGCUGUCUGUCUGUCUAAACUCACAGGGCAACUUCUGAGAAAAAACACUCCUUUUCCUUCUUCACUGAAAACGACAAUGUGGCACCCGUCAUGUUGUGUGUGGUGACAAGAAGCUAGCCCAGGUAACCCGAUUGUUACCCAGUGUGACAUAUUUGAGGACAUACUUGCUGCGUUUGCAGCAGCCUCCUGUCUGUCUGACCCUCCCCGGGCAAUCCUGCUGUUGCUCAUUGUGAGUUAACCGUGACACACUCAGCUCUCUGUUCUAUUUUGUUUGCUUCAUAGUUUCCAGAACUAUAUAUAAAUAUAUUUUUUCAAUAGCAAAUAUUGUAGUUAGUGAGUGGUGACCACUCCAGCCUUAUCCCUACCAUAUUGGUUUCAGGGAUGGGACGAAGAGUGUCCUUGGAAGAAAAAAAAAAUUGAAUGGAAUUUUAAAUUUUGUGAUUUAGAAGGAUGCGCGGGCUGUAGGCCUGCCACAGCUGUGGGGGUGAAGUGACCGUCUCCUCUGGAUCAGACAUACACUCCUCAUUGUGCCCAUGUCCCCGGUGGCCCUCCUUCAUUGUUUACUUACUGUCCUUUGCAAGUUUGAUUAUAUUUUUGUUCUUCCUGACCUUGACUGUUUUUUUUUUAAAAUAAAAUAAAAAAUAAAUAAAUAAUCCCCUGAAUGUGACUGGAUGUGCAGGAGCAGAGCAAGCUCCUCCUCCUUGGGCUCUUUGCCUAGGUGGCAGGGUCAUGUGAUUCUGUACCUCCUAUCUGUGCCCGAGACAGUCCAGGGUGGAGACAGACCUAGGGUGUGCUUGGAAUCCCACCUGCUGUGCUGAACACACAGCCCUAGGCUCAGUCACAUUAUGGAAAGGGAAAUAAAGGAUACUUAGAGCUUUCAAAGCAGUUUUAUGUCUUUGUGGGCGUGAGGGGUAGGGAGCUGGGAGGCUGGGAGGCUGGUAUCGGCAUUAUGAAGUAUUCCAAAGGUUUUCUUUUUCCUACUUUGUUUUCCCUUUUAACUGGAUGCACUGACCCUGGCCCAGGAAAUGAAGAGCGUCUCUCCUUUCAUGUUAUUACAAACAGUACCACAAAGUGACGGUCACCUGUCGCAGGAAGGUGGCAGCAGAUGUGAUGAGUGACAUUUUAUUUGCACAUGAAUAUCUUUAUUUUUGUAUUCUGGCUCAGCUGCUUCUCUUGAGUGGAGUUAGGGAAUGAGCCAUAAAGGACUUUUCUACUAAGGAUGUCAGCAAGGCAUUUUCUAGUCCUCCACCUUUAAUUUUGAGAACCCGGAAGGAGGAUUGUGCAUCUCGAGGAAGAGGAGCAGACCUUGAGCUCAGCGGAAUGUUAAUCUGCGCUGCUGCUUGUGCACGAGAGUGGCCGUAGUGUCUCCUGGACACGAGCACCCCACAUGACGACGUCUGUGAACAUAGGUUUCCUUUUCUCCCCUCCUCUCUCCCCGUCCCUUGCUUCCCCAUCCUCCCCUCUCACUAGUUUCUUUCUUUCUCAGCCCAUUCCUUUCUCUCUCUUUUUUUUUAAAAAUCACUUACUGUAAAUAAGUUGUAAUCUAAACCUCAUGUAUCUAUGGGGAACUUUCAAAUAUAAAUAUUACCAAUACA